AGCAAGCGCUACGUUUGACGGUCUUAAGUAUUUUUUGACGUAAAGUUUUGGACAAUUCACUCAAAAUGUUUUCGUGGAUAAACUCAAAGAAUCAUGAGCAAAUCGCUGGACCAUCACGACCAUCUUCAUCAAAUCAAUCGUUUACACAAGAGAAUACUUCAAAUUCGGAGAAGGACGACAACGAAUCUGUUGUAUCUAAAAUAAAAAGGAUGGGCAAUAUUUUGGAAGGCCUCAAAAUUAAAUUGGCAGUGGAAAAAGAACUGCUGGCCAAGGAAAGGAUGGGGGUCGAUUGUUUUCUGGCUAAAUCUAGUAUGAACCCAGAAUCCGCUGAAUACCUUUCAAUGUCUCCUCAAAAUAAUGUUUCGAGUCCAUUAUGGAAAGAUCAGCCCCCGUGGUUGCAACAGAAAGGUCUGAAUAACUUCAAUCCGAUUACUCCGGAUCCCCCAAUGCGCCUUUCCCCUGCACGAUACAAGGAGUACAUCCAGGAAGUGGAGCGAUUAUGCCAAGCAGAAUACAAUAAUGUCAAAGCAAGUAUCAGCAGUAUUAAACGAAGUGUACGCGAGGAUUAUAUGAAAGGUGAAGAAAUGUUGAACAGCGAUAGCGAGCAACACAGACACAAAAAGCACGGGAAUCACCACUCUGAGUAUUGUUCGAAGAAGCACCACCGACGUAAAUACAGUAACAAGUCCCACCAAGUAGACCUAGACGAUGAAGGCACUUUUCCGAACAGAUAUCAUUACGCUUACCACUUACAAAACGACUCCUUUCAUGAUGUUGGUGUAAACAGCCCACAGGUUUAUAUGAGAGAAGUUGACUCAGAUUUUAAUGAUAUCGAGGAAGCUUUACUGAAAAUACACCACAAUCAAACAUAAUUCACCUGGACUUGAAAGUGUAAUUUUCGAAUGUUUUUUGUACUACGAACUAAAUAAAUAUUUUCUUG